GGGCACCGGCGCUGCGGGAACCGGGACCGGCGGGCCCGUGCUGCAGCCCUGGGGGACCGAGGGACGCGGGGCCGGGGGGGACACACCAUGCCCUGCGCUCCGGGGCGAGAGUGCUGGGGGCCCGGUGCUCCUCCGACGGGGACCGGCACGGGGUCCGGGUCUGGGUCCGGGACCCCCCGGUGCACGGGGCCGGGGGCGUCUCCGGUACGGUGCUUUCUAGGGCCCUUCUCCGGAGCGGUUGACAGCCUCUCCGCCACCACCGGCGCCGGCCCAGCCGUAAGCGCCAAGGCCGCAGGCUUGGCCGAGCGCGGGGGCCGCCGGCCUUGACCUCGACCUCGAGGCGUUUCCGCCUCAAAUCUCUUCGGGGAGACGCGCCGCCGGGCCCGGUACAUAAACCCCGGCCUUCCUCCGCCGCCCGGCUGCCCGCGAUGGCCGGUGUCGGGGGACGAGCCCCUCUGGGUUUCAAGCGAUGGCUGUCCUCGUCCGCCCCGGCUCCUCGCGUCUGCGUGGUGGGCAGCGGGCCCGCGGGGUUUUACACGGCUCAGCACGUCCUCAAGCACCACGGCGGGGCCCGAGUGGACAUCUAUGAGAAGCUGCCUGUUCCCUUCGGGCUCGUCCGUUUUGGGGUGGCCCCAGACCACCCCGAAGUGAAGAAUGUGAUCAAUGCCUUCACGCAGACGGCGCGCUCGGAACGCUGUGCCUACUACGGAAACGUCACCGUGGGGAGGGAUGUCACGGUGGCAGAGCUGCAGCAGGCUUACCACGCCGUGGUGCUGAGUUACGGUGCUGAAGAUAACCGGGUCCUGGGGAUCCCAGGGGAGAACCUUUCCGGCGUUUAUUCGGCCCGAGCGUUCGUGGGCUGGUACAAUGGGCUGCCUGAGAACCGGGACCUGAAGCCCGACCUGAGCUGUGAGACGGCGCUGAUUCUGGGUCAUGGCAAUGUGGCGCUGGAUAUUGCCCGGAUCCUCCUGUCCCCACUGCAUCUCCUCAGGAAGACAGACAUCACUGACAGCUCCCUGGCAGCUCUCGCCUGCAGCAAGGUGAAGCGUGUCUGGCUGGUUGGGAGGAGGGGACCUCUCCAAGUUGCUUUCACUAUCAAGGAGCUGCGGGAGAUGAUAAACCUGCCUGGUGCCAGACCUGUCCUGAACCCUGCUGACUUCACAGGCCUUGAAAAUACUAUUAAAGAUGCCCCCAGGCCCAGGAAGCGACUGACUGAGCUACUGAUUAAAACAGCCCUAGAGAAGCCUGGGGAGAAGAUGAUGGAGGCGCAGGCAGCAGCAGCGCAGGCAGCAGCCCCCCGGGAGUGGGGGCUGAAGUUCCAGCGCAGCCCCCAGGAGGUGCUGCCCACCGCUGAUGGGAGGCGGGCGAGGGGCAUCCGCAUGGCCCUGACCCGCCUGGAGGGUUUGGGUGACUCUGCUAAAGCUGUCCCCACUGGAGACACGGAGGAGCUGGAGUGCGGGCUGGUACUCAGCAGCAUUGGCUACCGGAGCCUGCCCCUGGACCCGGCAGUACCCUUCGACACCCAGCGCGGCGUUAUCCCCAACAGCUCAGGCAGAGUGGAGGGUGUUCCAGGUCUGUACUGCAGCGGGUGGGUGAAGAGAGGACCCACGGGCGUGAUCAUCACCACCAUGAACGACAGCUUUGACACUGCCCAGUCUGUGCUGGAGGAUCUCCAGCUGGGCGUGCUGGACGUGUCCACCUCCAGAGAAGGCUUUGGGGCCGUGGAGAGCAUCCUGCACAGCCGAGGGGUCCGUCCUGUUUCAUUCUCGGACUGGGAGAAGAUAGAUGCUGCUGAAGUGGCAAGAGGCAAAGCUGCCGGCAAACCCCGGGAGAAGAUAGUGGAUCCUCAGGAGAUGCUGCGGCUGAUCGGUCACUAAAGCAGCAGCAAUGGGAACAUGGUGCUGGUCCAGCUGGUAAUGCCAGUGGGUUACAGGCAGGGCCCAGGAGCACAGGGCUUGUGCCCGGGGCUAGUGGCCGCUCUGGGGAGGUGUGUGACACUUGAGCCUCUCUAGUAACGAUGAACUCUUGAGUUCCCGAAGUGAAUGUCUCAAAACAUCUGAGGCUGCUGGCUGGCCCCACAUCUUUGCAGCUGGCUGCCACUCCUGGGGGCGAUUCUUGUCAUUCGUGUCCUUUGAGCAUUAAUGAAUCGGCUGGCACAGGUGAGGGGAGAUGUGCACCUGGCAGGAGUCCUGGCCACACACUUUUCCCCAUGGCAAGCCACACAGAGAAACUUUGUUGUGUCUUGCUGCCUCCCCUUUAAGCCACAAGCUUUGUUGCCUUGUCAUUCGUGCCCGAGCAGGCUUCUUUUCAUAAUAAUUGUUUUUUAAAUAAACCCUUCCAGGAAAGCCAAAUUGGACCUGCUGCUUGAGUCUGGCUUCUUUGUCUGUGACUGCCUUAAUCUCGGAGCAGCCAGCCGAGCACUGCGUCUCCUGCAACAUGUCCCAAGGCAAGGCAGCUCCUCUCGUGCAGGGAGGGACUGUUUGCUUGUUGUGAGCUCUAAACAAACAGACAAGGGCAUUAAUUUGCUUUCUGCCUCCCACAGUUAAACACCGGCAGAGCCUGGGUCCUAGCUUGUGGGGUGGACUGGGAUAACAAGUGUGUAAUUGCCUUGUUCCAGAUCAUGAGGGAUCCGGUGUUUGUUGGUACCUGCCAGCGCUGACUGGUGCAAGCAAUGCCUUGAGCCCUUUCACUUAAUUCACUGGUGGGGAUUUUUUUUGGCCUGUGUGUUUUGAAGCUUAUUAAAUGCUUCUUUUAGCCCAAAUUGACUACGGUGAUGGUGUCAGGUUUUAAGCCAGAUUACAAGCCGUGAGCCAUAAUCUCCUCUUUAUCCGUGGCGCAGGGGCCGCGUCAGCGUGGCCCCCUCCCCUGGCUGUCCUGCCACCCACGCUGUCCCCGACCUCCUGUGCUCCCCGCGGGAGCACUGCAGGAUUGCAACCGCUCCUCUCUGACCUGUGUAAAUGGUGACAAUGGCAGUUGCUGGUGACUGUGUGUUAGAAACAAAUUAGGCUCCGUGAUGGAGGCAGAGGGUAAAUCAAGCCAGGGCAGCCGGUGGGGGUUUGUCUCGGGUCCACGCUCAACCUCCAUCUCUGCCGAGCCCUCUCCCAUGGUAGAGGGCUUGUCUACUGGGCACUGUACUCCCACCCCAUCUCUGGUCCAGCCUUAGGGAAGGGAGAUCUUUGGCUUCUCUCUUUUUUCCUUUUUUCCCUCCUUCCUUUUCUAUUUAAAUCUCAUUUGCAAGCUCAUUAAGAAACUCAGGAAAUGUGAUACUGGGAACUCGUACGCAAACGAGCAAUAAAGCUUUUGUCGAACA